CAUGCAAAAGCUAGCGGUCUAUGUUUAUAUUUACCUGUUCAUGCUGAUUUCAGUUGAUCCGGUGGCUCUUGAUGACAGUAGUCAGCCCACAGAGAACGCCGAAAAAGAUGGACUGUGCAAUGCUUGUACGUGGAGACAGAAUACAAAAUCUUCCAGAAUAGAAGCCAUAAAAAUUCAAAUCCUCAGCAAACUGCGUCUGGAACAAGCUCCGAACAUUAGCAGGGAUGUUAUUAAACAACUUUUACCCAAAGCUCCUCCACUACAGGAACUGAUUGAUCAAUAUGACGUCCAGAGGGACGACAGUAGCGAUGGCUCUUUGGAAGACGAUGACUAUCAUGCCACCACCGAAACGAUUAUCACAAUGCCUACGGAGUCUGAUUUUCUUGUACAAAUGGAGGGAAAACCAAAAUGUUGCUUCUUUAAGUUUAGCUCUAAAAUACAAUAUAACAAAGUAGUAAAGGCACAAUUGUGGAUAUACUUGAGGCAAGUCCAAAAACCUACAACAGUGUUUGUGCAGAUCCUGAGACUUAUUAAACCCAUGAAAGACGGUACAAGAUAUACUGGAAUUCGAUCUUUGAAACUUGACAUGAACCCAGGCACUGGUAUUUGGCAGAGUAUUGAUGUGAAGACAGUGUUGCAAAAUUGGCUCAAACAGCCUGAAUCCAAUUUAGGCAUCGAAAUAAAAGCUUUUGAUGAGAAUGGACGAGAUCUUGCUGUAACUUUCCCAGGACCAGGUGAAGAUGGAUUGAACCCAUUUUUAGAGGUCAGAGUUACAGACACACCAAAACGGUCCCGCAGAGAUUUUGGCCUUGACUGCGACGAGCACUCGACAGAAUCCCGAUGUUGUCGCUACCCGCUGACAGUGGAUUUUGAAGCUUUCGGGUGGGACUGGAUUAUUGCACCUAAAAGAUACAAAGCAAAUUACUGCUCUGGAGAAUGUGAAUUUGUAUUUUUACAAAAAUAUCCGCACACUCACCUCGUACACCAAGCAAACCCCAGAGGUUCGGCAGGCCCUUGCUGCACGCCCACCAAGAUGUCCCCCAUAAACAUGCUGUACUUCAAUGGGAAAGAACAAAUAAUAUACGGCAAGAUACCAGCCAUGGUUGUAGAUCGCUGCGGGUGCUCAUGAGAUCGUUGUGAGAUCCACUGCUCCAUAAAUUGUGGAAGCUACCAAAAAAAAAAAAAAGUUAUACCCCCUCACCAGUCUUUGAAACUGUGAAGUUACAUACGCUAGGCAUUGCCGACAUCCUAUAUGCUGUAUGAUAGGCUAUCGUACAGAUUUAGUGCAGCACCAGCUACAGAACGUGAACU